AUGCCCCUCGAGCGAAGGCAGGAUUAUCAUUCUUCAACGAAACUAAGACCGAACCGCAUCUUUUGCGACAAGGAAGAGGUCUGUCAGCGGAUCGCCUCCCAUUGGAAGGAACACAUCCGAGAAGAAGCGAAACAGCUCAUCGUCGAUUGGCCGUGGGACAGAAAGUACUUCGACGACAACGACGUCGUCGUAAGAGUUAAGAUCAGAAUCCUGGCUGGCGGCUCCGAUCUCGAGGGGAUCGUCCCUGCAACCAUCGCGGCCAUGGCAUGGACGAAGGGCGAGUUCCCUGCGUCUUGGCACCACGCACUCGCUCAGCUCCCGGGGCCGACGGAGCUGCGGCUGCGGACAAAGGAGCAGCGCUUGGCGGCUUCCCUCAAGAGGAAGAUUGAUUUGCUCUCUUUCAAGCUGAGGGAAUCGACCCCUGAGCUGCCCAUGUUUUCAGACCGCCUCCAGCAUCCAUGGAUAGAUUUGGAGCCUAUCGAGCGACAAAAUUCCUCGGAGGACGCCGACGACGAAUGGAGCGAGUGGGAUGACGCCUGA